GGACAGCGCCGGCGAAUUACUUCCAGAGAAAGUGGGUGGAUGUUGUGCGGCAGCGGCUGGGGAUUUUAGGGGAUGCACCCUCGCACUUGGCUUCGCUCUCGCCCGAGCCUCCCCUCUCCGGUGGCAGCGGGCGGCGGCGCUUGGUGGCAGCAGCAGAGGAGGAGGAAGAAGCGGGAGGGCUUCGCUCGGCAGCGCUGUCGAUGCCCCGCUGAUCUGCUCUAGGGAUUUGUGGCUUGCUUUUUUCUUUUUUUCUUUUUUUUUUUUUUUUUCCUCGGUUGGUGUUCAUUUCUUGACCUUGCUCCCGAGCCCCGCGACUCGCGGCGCGGCUCCUGGCCGUGUCUCUGUUUCCUCCGGCCGGUGGGAGGCUGGCUCCGGUGCUGAAAGUUGCGGUCGCCGUCCCCGCGGAGCCAGCAUGUGCACCAACAUCGUGUACGAGUGGCUGAAGACCCUGCAGCUCCCCCAGUACGCCGAGUCCUUCGUCGACAACGGCUACGACGACCUGGAGGUGUGCAAGCAGAUCGGAGACCCGGACCUGGAUGCCAUCGGCGUGGCCGUGCCCCAGCACCGCCGCCGGAUCCACGAAGCCGUGCGGCGGCUCAAGGAGGCGGCCGAGACGGCGGCGGGGCUCUACUUCACCCUGGAGCCGCCGCCCGCGCCCCCCGACACCGGCCGCCCCCCGUCGGGGCCGGGGCUGGCGGCCCCCCGGCACCGCCCCGGCCGGGGGGGGCUGGUUGCUUACCCCCGGCUCAAGCUGAAGAUCAUGAUCCGUGACAAGCUCGUCCGCGACGGCAUCAACCUCAGCAAGCCCCCCUACUCCAACAAGGAUGGGUCACUGGGAAACAUUGAUGACCUUGCUCAGCAGUAUGCAGACUAUUACAACACCUGCUUCACGGAUGUGUGCGAGAGGAUGGAAGAGCUGCGCAAGCGGAGGGUUUCACAAGACCUUGAUGUGGAAAAACCUGAUGCCAGCCCCACAUCUCUACAGCUGAGAUCCCAAAUUGAGGAGUCACUGGGUCUCAGCAGCACUGCGUCAACACCAGACACUGAAAGAAAGCUCUCCAUUCAUAAAUCAAGUUCAGAAGAAGGCUCUGUAGGGAAAGCAGACUGGAAAAAGAAAAAUAAGUUUUUUUGGCAGAAUUUCCGAAAGAACCAGAAAGGACUAAUGAGGCAGACUUCCAAAGGAGAGGACGUCGGGUACGUGGCCAGUGAGAUCACGAUGAGUGAUGAGGAACGGAUCCAGCUAAUGAUGAUGGUCAAAGAGAAGAUGAUCACUAUUGAGGAAGCACUUGCUAGGCUGAAGGAGUAUGAAGCCCAGCACAGGCAAUCAAGUACUGUAGAUACUACAGACUGGCCUGAUGGUUCUUACUCAACAUUUGAUGGGUCUUCCAAUUGUAAUUCAAGAGAACAAUCCGAUGAUGAAACAGAGGAGUCGGUGAAGUUUAAGAGGUUGCACAAGCUGGUAAAUUCUACUCGCAGAGUCAGGAAGAAACUCAUAAGAGUGGAAGAAAUGAAAAAACCCAGCACAGAAGGUGUGGAAGAGCACUCACUUGACAACUCGCCUAUACUGGAUGACAGAUCGGCACUUUACUCUGGAGUUCACAAGAAGCAAUUCUACUUCGAUGGCUCCUGUGAGAAGCAGCCAGAGGAUGACUCGGACUCACUUACUACUUCUCCCUCAUCUAGCAGUCUUGAUGCGUGGGGAGCCAACCGGAAGCUGGUGAAGACCUUCAGCAAAACUGAUAGCCGUGGCCUUAUCAAGCCUCCCAAGAAACUUGGGACAUUUUUCUCUUACCCAGAAGAGGAGAAGACCCAGAAAGUUUGCCGCUCCUUGACAGAUGGGGAAAUGAAGAAGAGCCUCGGCUCGCUGAGCCAUGGGGUAAGUACAGAAAGCAUUUGCUUUUAUGACAGCAACAGGCACAAGCACCAUCUUCUGGUGUCCCUGGAGGAGAUUCAGAGUGUAAGGAAGCAGAUCCGAUUGAAGAAAAUGGAUACUAACUAUUCCUGUUCCAGAGCUUUUCUUUGCCAGCGCCCUGCUAGGAAAGGAGCAUCCCCCACAACUUGCGACCUACAAUUACUGCGGCACAAAGCGAAAGGGGGUGGAGGUUGUGGCUUCCCAAACAGAAGGCUACGAGGGCGCACUUCUGUCAGCGAAUUCAAUAUUACCUAUGUGGUGGAGAAAAGCCUGUACAGUCACCUCAACCUCUCACAGCUGGUGCGUCCCGUUACUGACAGGACCCUGAGCAAGGCCGACAAGCAGGACCUGAGGAGAUGCCUGCUAGAGGAGGAUGAGGAAGCCAAGAGGAAGUGGGCUGCCACAGUGGAUCGUUGUACUAAAAGGGUUCUCUUGAGAAUCCACCAAAAGUCUAGAACCUGCAGCUUUGGAGGAUUUGACUUGACAAAUCGUUCCCUUCAUAUCGGAAACAAUUCUGAACAAAUGGGCAAAGAAGGAGACUUUGUUUAUAAAGAAGUGAUCAAAUCACCCUCUGCCUCCCGUAUAUCUCUGGGCAAAAAGGUGAAAUCUGUAAAGGAAACCAUGAAGAAAAGGAUGUCUAAAAAAUACAGCAGCUCUCUGUCUGAGCAGGAGUCCAGCCCUGGGGUCAUGCCAGGUUCUCCGCAGUCACCGCCGCCAGACACUGACUCCCUGGACAAGCCCAAGCUGAAAGCUGGUGGCUCAGUAGAGAGCCUGAGGAGUUCCUUAAGUGGUCAGAGCUCAAUGAGUGGUCAGACAGUGAGCACAACGGAUUCCUCAACCAGCAACAGGGAGAGCGUAAAAUCGGAAGAUGGUGAUGAUGAAGAACCUCCUUACAGAGGACCUUUCUGUGGAAGAGCCAGGGUUCACACUGAUUUCACUCCAAGUCCCUAUGAUACAGACUCUCUGAAGCUCAAGAAAGGCGACAUCAUUGAUAUCAUCAGCAAACCCCCCAUGGGCACUUGGAUGGGCCUGUUGAACAACAAAGUCGGCACUUUCAAAUUUAUCUACGUGGAUGUGUUAAAUGAAGAGGAAGAGAAGCCAAAGCGGCCCACCAGGAGACGCCGGAAAAGCAGACCCCCACAACCCAAGUCAGUUGAGGAUCUCUUGGAUCGCAUCAACUUAAAGGAGCAUAUGCCCACUUUUCUGUUCAAUGGUUAUGAAGAUCUGGAUACCUUUAAGCUUUUAGAAGAAGAAGAUUUAGAUGAACUGAACAUCCGAGAUCCUGAGCACAGAGCUGUUCUCCUCACAGCCGUGGAACUUCUACAGGAGUAUGAUAGUAACAGUGACCAGUCAGGAUCUCAGGAGAAACUUCUCAUUGAAGGCCAAGGGCUUAGUGGAUGCUCUCCUCGGGAUUCGGGCUGCUACGAAAGCAGUGAAAACCUGGAGAAUGGUAAAACUCGAAGGACCUGUCAUCUGCCCUCAAAAUCAGCAAGUGAGCACAGCUUUAAGGACUUCAGCAGAAACCAGCUAUCAAAUUAUCCUACACUCCCACUGACCAAGUCAAUAGAAACUCUACAGCAAGGGGAAAAAGAAAGCCGGUUGAGUUGUUCACAUUGUGCUCUGAAGAGCUCUGUCAAACCUCCAGCUGUUACGGGUCUGAAGAAGAACCGUAGGAGUUUACCAGUUGCUGUCUGUCGGAGCUAUGAAACUCUGGAUGGCCCCCAGGGUGUGGAUACCUGGCCAAGAUCUCACUCCCUGGACGAUCUCCAGGGAGAAUCCAAUACCAACCUACAGGACACUAGCAAGAAAGAUUCUUUUCCUCAGGAUUCACUGGAUAUAGCAAAAAAGGCAACUGGAUCUGCCCUGCCACCUCAGCCUCAUGGGGGCAGCUGUAUGGUAGGUGACUUGAUGCCUAAACAAGGUAAGGGAGCUGCCAGUUCUCAGAAGGGAAGAGGUAAGGAGUUGGACUGCUCUGUAACGGAAAGUGCAAGUGGAAAGCCUGUUCCGUGCCCCCUGAAAAACUGUGAAGCUCAGGCUGCCUUGGUGACACAUCCUGCAACAAGGACACCUCUUGAAAUACAGAAUAAGGGCUUUCAUGACCUCGCACGGGCUGAUUAUGCUCCGGUCCUCAAGGGCGGUCUAGAAGCUGAGCAAAAAGGCACAAACGAGGCAAGAAUGCAACCAAAAAAUCCCUCUCAGCCACCACCUGUCCCUGCCAAAAAAUGCCGAGAACGCCUUUCUAAUGGAUUAUAUCAUCCUCCCGUGACCGCAAGCGGGAACCACUCAAGUCUAGAAGCACCGUGUUUGCCGGUGAAAAAGUCCAGCCCAUCUGCUCCUGUUGAUUUUCAUGGAGUCCCUGUCCAUAGGACAUCUUCUGAACAGGAGCCCAGUACUCCCCCUAGCCCACUGCCGCCCUGGCUGUCAGAGCUCCCAGAGACUGCUAGUGUUCAGCAGCACGUGAUAAAGCUAGGUCCUGCUUCGGCAAGGAAAGUCUCUUGUAGCAGGGGAAUGGAUCUGGAAAUGGUGAUAGAAAACAAGUUGCAGUCUGAAGACAUUGAUCUUACUGAAGAACCAUACUCAGACAAGCAUGGUCGCUGUGGCAUUCCUGAGGCUUUGGUACAGAGGUACUCGGAAGACUUAGACCAGCCUGUAAAGGAUGUCGCCGCAAACAUGGACCAAAUCCGGGUAAAGCAGCUGAGGAAGCAGCAUCGCAUGGCAAUUCCAAGUGGAGGGCUCACUGAAAUUUGCCGAAAACCUGUCUCCCCAGGACUUAUCACUUCUGUAUCUGACUGGCUGAUUUCCAUUGGCCUACCUAUGUAUUCCAGCCCGCUCACAGAAGCAGGAUUCAACACACUGAGCAAAGUGCCUUCUCUGUCACAAACUUACCUUCAAGAAGCUGGCAUCACAGAGGAAAGGCACAUAAGCAAGCUCCUGGCAGCAGCAAGACUCUUCAAACCUCUUGAUCCAGAGGCAAUUUAACGUGCUCCCUAGCAUGGCAUUGCCUGGUCAAGAACCCAUUGCUCCUUCCUGCACCGAUAUUGCCCUAAUUACUUCACAUAGCUAAAGGGAUCGAGGAAGUGGCUCCAAAGGACAGGCAGAUAUCUUCUUCAAAGGGUAUGAAAUGUUUCAAUUGCUGUCUUUGGCAACCGAAGGAGAAGAGAAGCAACCACCAGGUAACAUAGAUGUGGUACUUCCCUCCCCCCUCACUCCCUUGUAAAGUAUUAUUUCAUAAAGUGCAUAGGGCUGGCCUGGGAUCAGACAGUGUCACAGAAUUAAGGGACCCUUACAUAUUUUCCACAAGUUCGUGGAAGUGAUACUAAUAAUAGGCCCCGUUUCUAUGUAGAACUGCUUAGGUUGGGGGCCUUCUGUACACCUAGAUACCUGGAGUCAAUCCUACAGACCUUGUGCAAACCAAGGUGCAAGCCCCAGUAGAAGCUGUUUGGCAAAUGCCAUUUAUUUAGCAGUCUAGAGCUAAUCACAUACCCCUCCUCCCUGGUCAUCUUUGCCGUUGCUUGGUAUAGGUCCCAAUAUGCCACAAAGCCUUUAGCUAGGCCAAAGUCAAUGGACUGGAAUUAGUUUACAGUAUGGUCCAUUUCUGUCACUCCAAUGCAAUUAACCCAAGGAGAGUCAGAAAGCUUCUUUUAAUUUGUACAGAACUGAAGUCAUUUUUAUAACUGCUUUCUAGCAAUCUGCUUUUUAUUUGCCUUAAAACAAGCUUUUAAGCAGUUGCCUAAUGUUCACUUACCUGUAUUCAUGUUUCCCAAGCCUUUUUUUCAACCUGUCACUCUUAAGCUGCAUUUAGGGUGAUAUCUAGCUGAAGUAGCUUCUAUAAAUUGCCUCAUCAUGACAUCUUAUGGGUUAUAGAGAUGCUUUUACAAAUGCAGGGUUAUGCUAGGUUUUGGUUGUGAGGCUAACUUCUUGUUCACUACGGUCUGCAUUUACUGUUCUUACUAAACAGUUCCAAGAUAUACUGCCUUGUAUAUAUGUAACUGCUUUUCAUUUUAAUCAUAUUCUGUGUACUGUGUUAUAUUGUCAAUCAUUAUGCUGCAGCUUUGACUUGGUAUCCUGACCAUAUCGAUUCCAAACAGUGGGUUUCUGCAAAUGAAAAAUCACUUGUGGGAGAUAAAAUGCAUCAAAAAAUCAAAUUGUAUCCCAUAGAAAUCAUGAGAUCCAGUAAUUUCAUUGCAUGGACAAAAAAUCCUACAUAGUCUUAUGAAUUACACUGUGAUUUUAAAACAGUUGAUAUCCUUCAUGUCUGAGUGUUAAUGUUACCUCUCACUGGAAGACAGCAUUGUUCUGGCAUAUGUGGUGAAUCAUUUUUCAUGAUGUAGUAAUAUUUUUCUGCCUAAAUCCAUGUAAAACGUUCCAUUCAUAUAUGUGGCUAAUGACAGAUUUUAUUUUUCUAUAUGGGUACACAUUUAUAUACCAAAUACAGAUUAUCAUGAAUAGCGUAUAACUAUUUUUUUUUUCUUUGGGGUCUAUGUAUGGUGUAUCCUUUAGCUUCUUAUAGCACAAGUGCUCCACGGAAGACAGAGCAAGCUUUACUCUGGUAGGCAAAGUGAGAUGAAGAAACCGGGGCACAGGCCAGGAAGUGUGACUGUUUCCAUUAUCAGUUCUGAUGUCAACUUACUGUAUAAACCCAGACAAGUCACUUCACUGUGUGGUGCCUCAGUUAUCCCAGCCUCAUAUUGAGCUAAUAACGCUUACUUGUCCUGAUGAAAUGCUCUCAGGUUGAUGAAUGAGAAGUUGUGCUUACUACACGAGUCCUUACUAUAUAUGGUCCUCACAUGGCCAAAUUUUAAGUCAGAUAUAUGCAUUUUACUACAGAUGACAAUUAAUUUGUCUCAUGGUGGAAUUGAUAGGUGUUAGGCUUACUUUCCUAGCUUUAGAGCUGUUGACUGCUGGUAUCAUCAGUUUUGCAUUCUGUCCCCAUCAGGAAUUACACCAUCAUGUGAAGGCAACUAAUUCACCGGUAUAACUUGAAAUUGUUUCAAACAAAGCUC